AUGGAGGUGAUCUUGCUGGGCAGCGAGGGCCUGCCCGAGGGCUCGGUCCUGUCAUUGAAGUGGGGCGACUUGAAGCGACAAGCAGCUGUGUCCCAAACAGGGCAGCACUUUCGCUUCAACGAUUCGCCAGCGCAGCCGCUGCAAAUGAAGGUGGAGGUGCUGACCCCACUGGCGCCUGCCCAGAUGGUCAGCAUCGAUCCCAUGCAGGAUACCUUCGAGGUUGCUUUUGAUCCUCAGAUGAAGGUGCGGCUCCAGCAGCGGCCUGCAACAGAGUUUCAGCGUCCCGUGGUAGACAUCACUGCAGCAGGCAAAGGACUUCCUGCCGGCCGGAUCCAGAUGGCUCAGCAGGCUGCUUCGUACCUCGAGGAGCAUGAUCUGGUGAGAACCUUCCAGGAGCUGCUCCAUGGACUCCUUGUUGCCAAGCCUGCAGAUCCUCACAAAUAUGUGCAGGAGCACCUGUCCAAGGCACGAAAGCUUGCAGCCAGGGCAAAGGGAGAGGCUGAUGGCGCAGCAAGUCCAUACUGUGGCACUGUUUCGCCUGAUCCCGACUCGGAGAUGUCAAAGGAGCUGUACAAGGCCAAGCGGCGUCGGUCCAGCGUCCGAGAGCACAUGAGACUGCAGCAGAAGGCUGCUGGAGCGUCUGGUUGUUCAAAGGUGGAGACGCUCUUGAUGACACUGGAAGCUGCCAGCAAUAAUUUGGAGAUAGUGCUACCAUUUAUUCCGCAGCAGCUACGCGAGAACCUAGCAAGCGCGGAGUUCUCUACCCUGUGCGAUGAGAAAUUCAGGGCUCUGGACGUCGAAGACCGCGGUGAGCUGACCUCUGACGACCUCAUCCCGGUCAUUGUGGAGCUAAGUCGGGUUCAAAAGGACUCUAUAUCAACGGAGCAAUGCAGGAAGUUUGCAGACAUGUUCGACUCCAAUCAGGACGGCUUGAUCAACAUUGCAGAAUUCACACAGAUGGUGCAGUUUGUCACAGUUGCCGGAUGGUUAGAGAGUCAGGAAGGAAAAGACAUGAUCCAAAAGGCAGAGCUUGCUGAUCGAUCUUUCCAGGACUUGAUAAAGAUGAUCGAGGCAGACAAGGAGCGGCUCUGGAGCAUCAUCCCCUUUCUUCCAGAAUGGCUGGUGAAUCACCUUACCAGCAAGGAGUUUGAGGAGGCUUGCCACGAGCAGUUCGAUGGUCUUGACGUGGACGGUAGUGGUAGCCUGGAGCCUGUUGAGCUGAUCCCCAUCAUCCAGGCCAUCUGUCAGACGGAGGAGCACAUGGUGGCGAUCACCGAAGAACGAUGUCAAAGGUUCACGUCGCUGUUUGACACAGAUGGCAACGGGGUCAUCAAGCGGGAUGAGUUCAUAGAGUUUGCACAGUUUCUGACGGUCAUGAACUUCCUCACGAACACGGAGGAGGGACAGGAUGUCUCAAAGAAGGCCACCGACGUUGCUCAGGGUGCUGACAGGAAUCAGGUGCUCCUGCAGAUGCUCGAUGAGGAUCCGGACUUCUUGCAAGAAAUGUUGCAACAGUUGCCCAAGCCGCUGUACUGGGAGAUCACCAGCCUUGACUUUCAAAAGGCUUGCAUGGAUGGCUUCAAGGCCGCAGCUGGGGAGGAUUGCGAUGCGGGUAGCACGGUGCCUCCAGGCAUGUUAGUGCCGGUGAUAAACCAGCUGAUCCAGGUACACCCCUUCAAGAUCAGCGAGGAGCAGUGCAACCAUUUCAUGAGCCGAUGGGAUCGAGAGCUGAAGAAUUCGGUGACGCCCGCCGAGUUUCUGCUCCUGGCGCGCUACUGCAUCGUCAUGGGAUAUCUCACCUACCUUGUGGAGAACCAGGAUGCCCUGAUGGCCGACGUGAUGCUCGGUCAAGAAAAGAUGGAGUCUGUCCUGCAGAAUCUCAGACAAGGCUCUGAGAUGGUUUGGGAUGUGCUGCCCUUCCUCCCACAGUCCCUCAUCGACGAGCUUUCGAGUCCAGAGUUCGAGCUAUCGUGUGACGAAUUCUUUUCACAGCUGGACAAGGACGGCAACGGCACCCUGGAGCCUGCGGAGCUGCUACCUAUCGUUCAGGACUUGACUCAGGCACACGCUUUCGUUCUCACAGAAGAGCACUGCAAGAAGUUCGUUGACCUUUUCGAUAUCGACAGAAAUGGUAUCAUUGCCAAGCACGAGUUUGUGAAUUUUGUGCGUUACAUGAUGAUCAUGGCCUUCAUGGAAACUCCAGAGGGGCAGCAGGCGAAGGAGGAGGUGGAGGUGGACAAGAGCAGUCACGCGGUGGACCGUCUCUUGCACCAGCUGCAAAGAGACCGCGAUGCCAUUGUGAAGGUCAUGCCUCUGCUGCCAGAAGCUGUCUACAGCGAAUUGGUGAGCCAGCGAUUCGUGACACAGUUUUCCGACCAGUUCAAGGCUCUUGACAAGGAUGGAAGUGGAGUGUUGGAACCCGCGGAGCUCUUCGACAUCAUUGUCUCACUCUCCUCUUCUCAGCCCUUCGCUGUGACGCAGCAGCAGUGCGAAGCCUUCACCUCCAUUUUUGACCUGCACGGGGACGGCGUUCUUCGGCAUGACGAAUUCCUGGAUUUCGCAAGGUUCCUCUGCAUCAUGAGCUAUCUUCACAGCUCUGAUGGAGAGGCUGCGGCUACUGAAGCCGUCAAGGUCUUGGAGGACAGCAAACGCAUCGAGGACCUUCUCGCAGCCCUGGAACGCGACCACGAAGCCGUUCAGCAGGUGGUCCCGUUCCUACCACAGUGGCUCCGAAACGACUUGUUGAGCGAGCGCUUCGUGACCGAGUGUGUCACCUUCUUCCAGGACUUGGACAAGGACAAGAACGGCACCCUGGAGCCCGAGGAGCUUUUUCCGAUGGUGCGCAGCAUGGCCGAUGCUCACAGCAUGGCGCUGGAUCUGGAUCAGUGCAAGCGUUUCUCACAGAUCUUCGAUGUCAAUGGCGAUGGCUUGAUUGAGCUGGAUGAGUUCGUCAAUUUUUCACGCUUCAUGAUUGUGAUGUCGUUCCUGCACAGCCAGGAGGGACAGUUAACAUUGUCCAUCGCCAUGGAGCCAGAGGCCAUGGCACAGAUGAACGGAGAGCUCCCAGGAGGCCCACCUCCCGUCACGCCGCAGCCGCAUGACAGCAAUGUGGUCAGUCCCGACAACAGAAGCCCGCUUCCCAUCCUGAACCCCACAGAGGAGGAAGAGGCAGCAGUGUCUCCAGCGCACUUGGCUGUCGACUGUGAGUUCUACAAGAACAAGUCUCGCAAGCUGAUGGAGGAAAAUGACAGCAUGCGGGAGCGCAUGAACGGAUUGGAGGACAUGGUCCGGAGGCUUAAUGCGAAGCUCGAGCAGCAGGAGCAGAAGCUUCGGCAUGCGGAGGUUGAUCUCCGCGCAGGUGGUCUUCGGUGA